CUCUCUCUUUCAAUUUCUGUUUCGCUGUUCAAAAAUGGUAGAAAUCGACACUGUACACUAUAGCACUUCCUCAUUUGAGCUUGCGAGUUCAUCAUCAAUGGUGACUAAAAAUUAUUGUUUCAUCUUCUACCUGGAAAUUGAACUACUAUCGGAUGAAGUUUUAAUGGUUUGUGUAGCAUCAGUCUACUGCGAAGCGAAUCCCUCCACAACAUAACUAAUUGUGAAGCAGGUGACCUACUGACUCCAUGACAACUACCCAGACUUCAACGAGUCAGCCUAAUAAAGCUAAUGAACGAGCAGCCUCCUCUACUGCCAGCGUUCAAAACUCAGCUUCCUCAUUCAAAAGAUUGGGCAGGAAAUCACCAUUUAUGAGAUAUGGACUUCCUAUGAUCUCACUAACAGUGCUUGGAUCUAUUGGUCUUAGCCAACUUCUGCAAGGCAGCAAGGAUAUAGCUAAAGUAAAGGAUGAUCAAGAGUGGGAAAUCAUAGAAACAAGAAAAGCUCUAUCCCGGUAUGGACCUGUCAAUGCAUAUAACCCCAAAAAAAUUAACUUGGAGGAAGAACUAAAGGCUUUGCAAGAGAAGGUUGAUAUUAAUGAUUAUGAAUAUAAGAAAAUCCCCAAGCCCAAGGAAAGCGAAUAAAAUAAUGUUACUGGGACUCUCUUGUGCAAUAAUUUUGCAGCUCGUUGGCUCCUUUUUUGGAGAGUCAUUUGUCUGAUUUAUCUGCCAGGCAGCUCUUCCAUCCACGAGUUACGUGCUGCCGUGGGAAGUAGUUUUUACUGAAUUGUGAAUGCUUUUAGCUGUGUAUAUGCAGGCUGAGUAUGUAACUCAUGGUCAAGUUUUGAGUUUAUGCAUUCCAUGUUUGAAAUAAUGUGGGACUAUCGUAUCAUUUAAGUCCUAUGUUUAACAGUUGAUUUGCUUAGAUAUCUUUCUAUGGUUGUUAGCUGUCGUGACUUGUUUUCUCUUGAAGUCUGUCCACUAUACUACUAAUUCCCCCUUCUAGUUAAGAUUAGCAUGUAAUACUUGUCAAAAAAGGGUCCAUUUUCUAUUUUAAUUUUCUUUUUUAUUAAGUCAUCUUCAGUACGUGUAACUAAAGCAGGUUAUUUUAUCUAAUAUGCUGCAGUAAAAUAUUCGAUUCA